AUGACCAGAAGAAUGAGCACUGAGAGACCUUCCAACUUAAUCAAACACCUAGGGCAGACAAGCACUCCAUCCCUUGAAAACAUAAGCGAUUUUUCAUUAAAUAUCACUGACUGCACCCAGGUUGUGGUGCCAGAGGAAGUUUUUUUCACUGUUGCUGCCGCUGGGAUACUGGAAAAUCUACUUAUCCUCAUUGCUGUUGUGAGAAAUAAGAAUUUACACUUGCCCAUGUACUUCUUCAUUUGCAGUUUAGCCAUUUCAGACAUGUUAGGUAGCUUGUACAAAACUCUGGAGAACAUCUUUAUCAUCUUGUGCAAAAUGGGAUACCUGACGCGUCACGGAGACUUUGAGAAAAAACUGGAUGAUGCCAUGGAUUCCAUGUUCAUUCUGUCUCUGCUGGGGUCUAUUUUCAGCCUGCUGGCCAUUGCAGCAGACAGGUACAUCACCAUCUUCUACGCUCUGCGGUACCACAAUAUCAUGACACUGAGGAGGGCCUUGGUUAUCCUGGCAAUCAUCUGGGCGUUCUGUGCCGGCAGCAGCAUUGCCAUCGCCCUCUUCUCCUAUGAAGCAGCGACAGUCAUUCCCUUCACCAUCCUCUUCCCUUUGAUGAUGUUUUUCAUACUCUGCCUCUACGUCCACAUGUUCCUCCUGGCUCGAUCUCACGCCAAAAAGAUCGCCUCACUGCCCAGCAGCACCGUCCAUCACAGAACUAACAUGAAAGGCGCCAUCACGCUGACUAUUUUCCUUGGAGUUUUCCUUUGCUGUUGGGCCCCCUUCGUUCUUCACAUCCUCUUAGCAAGGUUUUGCCCACACAACCCUUACUGUGCCUGCUACAUGUCCAUCUUCCACGUGAAUGGGACACUCAUCAUGUGCAAUGCCAUCAUCAACCCUAUGAUUUUUGCAUUCCGAAGCCCAGAACUGCGGAGUACAUUUAGGAAGAUGUUCUACUGUCCCAGGUCAAGCUGCAACUGGUGA